AUGGUCUCCUUCACCAAGUUUGUGACGGCCGCCCUGCUGGCGUCGUCUGCUGUCGCCCUCCCCCAUGAGCAGCCCGUUAAGCGCUCGGCCAGCUCCAAGCGUGGCGCCGCCUACAACCUGGCCAGCACCGUCAACUCGCUGACCGGCAACACCCCCGUCACCUGGGGCUACUCGUGGAACAUGUGGAGCAACGGCGCCCUGCCCAGCAACGUCGAGUUCGUGCCCAUGCUCUGGGGCAGCAAGAUGUUCGGCGGCUGGUUCUCGGCCAUCCAGACCGCGCUCGCCAGCGGCAGCACCUACAUCCUCGGCUUCAACGAGCCCGACGUCUCGUCCCAGGCCGCCAUGGCGCCCACCGACGCCGCCAACUACUACCGCCAGUACAUCACCCCCUUCAGCGGCUCCGCCAAGCUGGUCACCCCGUCCGUCACCAACGGCGGCGGCUCCGCUGAGGGCCUCAACUGGAUGCGUACCUUUAUGGACAGCUGCUCCGACUGCGGCAUGAGCGCGCUCGCCGUGCACUGGUACGGCAGCUCCGCCGAGGAGUUCCAGACCUUCGUCACCCAGGCCAUGGACUUUGCGAAGGAGUACUCCCUCGAGAGCGUCUGGGUGACCGAGUUCGCCCUCAGCAGCGACAUUGCCAACGGCGCCUCCAGCCAGGCCUCCGCCGACUUCCUCAACCAGGUGCUGCCCUGGCUCGACAGCCAGGACAUGGUCUCUCGCUACGCUUACUACAUGUGUGCCGAUCCGUUCUUGAUCAGCGGAAGUGGCCUGACCGAGACCGGUAUGGCCUACACCGCGUGA